GUCUACUUCAAAGUCUAAAAAUCCAUGAAAGACUGUAGAGUUUCUUCUUGAUAACUAUUAUUAACGCUCGUUUUCUCUUUAGGAGACGUAUCGCUUUCGCAACACGUCUCUAGUAUGCAUACGUAUAAACCUUCUUAAUUUAACAAUGUUUUGCAAUUAUAAAUGCAUGCCGCCAUAUGUAAAACACUCGCUAAUACAUAAGGAUUACACUCAUUAGAGACUUUUAUGUGUCUGCGUAACAUAUUCAUGAAUAACGAAAAGAAUAAUAGAUAUUCGCUGACAAGCAACGAUGAUUAAAGUGUUAAAACUUAAAACCCCCCAAAAGAAAACACAAAGAUAUUUAACAGUACAUACUACAUACUGUAAUAGUAGUCUUUAGUAACACAUAAGCAAUAACUGAAAUUUGUUGGGCCUCACCCUUUAACGAUCCAGUGAAUUCAUGGAUUCAAUGGCACGUUUGGGCCACAAAAAACAGUAUCGACCAAUAUAGCAUCGAGGCUCUAAAGUCAAAGAUCUACUAAACUUCUACGUAAAGAAAACAAAACUAGUUUGCCGAAGACCAAUCAUGAUGACAAAAAGAGAGAGAGGGUCAAGACUCAAAAUUGAAAAGAAAAAUAAUCAACAUGAAAAAAAAAAUAUAUACAUAUAUAAACAUGUUCAUCAUGAAAAGUGAAAUUCAACGCUCCAUUGAUCUCCCGACCAAAGUUCAGCUCAUAUUGCAACAAACACAAAUAAAUAUAGACAAAGAUGUAAUAUGAAUGAGUAAACAUAUGUAUUGAAAAUAUGGGCACAACGUGAUAACAUCAAAGUCGUCUAUUUCAAGACGUGAUAAGGCCUAAAAACCAAAGAAGAUAUCAAACCCUCCCCCACUCUUCCCGAUCCCAUUCAUUUUCUCAAUCAUCAAACCAAGGUUUAAGAGUUUUCGACUCCUCCAUAGAAAACAUGGUAAGUUCUUACAUUUAAACUGUCUUCUAAUGUAGAUGAUGCAUUGAUUCUGUUUAUGUUCUGUUUUUACAUCCACCCACAAAAAGGUUUGUAAACAUGUGGAUGAUCAUAUAGUGAUAUGUUAAUAAAUUCCAUAUCAGAAUCUAAGUUGUGUGCUAUUUGGUUUGGAAGUAUGAAGCAUGGAUAGGGGUUCAUGCAUAAAUUGACUUCGCAAUGAUAUGCUAUGAUUCCAAAUGUUGUGUGUGUGUGUUGUGCAGGCGAAUUCAGCGUCCGGGAUGAAUGUGAGUGAUGAAUGCAAGAUAAAGUUCUUGGAGUUGAAAGCAAAGAGGACUUACAGGUUCAUCGUGUUCAAAAUCGAUGAGAAGGCACAGCAAGUGCAGAUAGAAAAGCUUGGGAAUCCAGAAGAAACUUACGAUGAUUUUACAAGUUGUAUCCCGGAUGACGAAUGUCGAUACGCUGUCUAUGACUUUGAUUUCACCACCGAGGAUAACUGUCAGAAGAGCAAGAUCUUUUUCAUCGCGUGGUCACCUGAUACAUCAAGGGUGAGGAGUAAGAUGUUGUACGCAAGCUCAAAAGACAGGUUCAAGAGAGAAAUGGAAGGAAUUCAAGUGGAACUGCAAGCAACUGAUCCUAGCGAGAUGAGCCUUGACGUCAUCCAAGGACGAGUCAAUAAUCUCUGA